AUGGCCGAAGUGAGGGAUGCGGGUAGCGCGGUGUCCGAGCCCCUCGAUCUUGUGCGCCUACUGCUCGACGAAGUGGUCUGCGUGAAGCUCAGAGGGGACCGAGAGCUCAAGGGCCGCCUCCAUGCUUAUGACAGCCACUGCAACCUCGUGCUUGGUGAUGUCGAGGAGACCAUCUACAUCGUCGACGAGGACGACGAUGAAGAAGUCAAGUUGCAGACCGUCAGCAAGAAGUCCGAGAUGCUGUUUGUGAGAGGCGAUAGUGUCGUCCUCAUAUCGCCUCAUGCUGGGUCUUUCUAG